AUGACCGUAAAAAUUGAACGUGCGGAAAUGAAGCUGAGAAAUAAGCUAGAGGACGUAGCUAUAGUAUUUGCUGGAUUGGGAAAAGCAACGAAACCUUUGUUGAAUCAAAUCCUUAUACAACCUCGUACCCAGGGUAUUACCUUCGAUACUCUGGGUACGACGUUGAUCGUUAUAUGUGUGUGUUGUGUUGUUUUUUUCUAAGAUAAAAUAAGAGUUUAAGUGGCAUGUCCGUAGUCAGUGUCACUGCAAUGAAGAACGUGUGUUGUCUAUCGAAAACUUGAAAUAUAUGAAUAAAACGGGUUACUAAAUCGGCUGCGAAAUUAUGUUCACUUCCUGGGGGUAAUGGUAAGAAAGAGAAAAACAGAUUGCAGUGCAAUCUGUUUUUCUCUUACCAUUACCCCCCCCCCCAGGAAGUGAACAUAAUUUCGCAGCCGAUUCAGUAACCCGUUUUGUACAUAUAUUUCAAGUUUUCGAUAGACAACAUACGUUCUUCGCCUGGCACAGGCCGCACAUGCAGGUAUAUAUAAAUAGACUUACCCUUAUUAUGGUAAUAUAGAGUAUUUUUUCCAAUUCUUUGCUGACGACCUAUAUUUGCAAUGCCAAUCUGUUGUCGCGUAGGAUGAAUCCGCAACUCAAAUUUCAUGCACUAUAUUUCAUAUUUUGUGAACAAAAGCUUAUGACACAAUAUUAUUGUAUAUCACGUGAUACUCUGACGUGACUGUUAGAAUCUUUUUUUGUUUUGUUUUGACAAGGCAUGUAUACAUACCAUACAUGCCACCAGAAAUCCGCAUACUGCAGCACAGAGGUCAGUCAAGGUUCGACCGUGUCGAACAAAAGAUAAAAUAAACAUUGUCGUUAUAAGACAAAUAGCAGUUAUACCAAUCGAUACUUCUUCGAUCUACAGUUCAUAUAUAGAGGAUAUUACACGGCUGCGCGAAGAUAUUACUUUUAUCUUCGAGUGGUGAAACAUUAUUUUACGAAUGAGCACAGGGAGUGAGUAAAAUAUUGUUUUUAACACGAGAAGAUAAGAGUCAUAUCUUCAAGCCACCGUACUUGUAAUGUUCUGUUUAUUAUAUAGUCAAAAAUGUUAUUAUAGGCUAUAAGCAAAAAAUUGUGAAAUUUCACGCUCAAAAGCAAAUUGGAAAAAGUCACGUGAUCGAUAUCUUCACCAGUGAAGUAUGGAAAAUAUCUCGCUGUGUAUUUUUCAGUAUCUCACUCUCUGCUAUAUAAUAAAAUAUGAUAUAGUCAUCACAGUCAAGAAACACAUAGUCAUAGCCAAAGGCCACAACAAUAUACAAGUGGUUGUCACAUGAUACACAAGUGGAUAUUUAAUUUUCAGAUCAUUCUCGAACGGAAGUCUUUGUUUAAUUUUCGCGUAAACACAUUUUUCCAGAUUAUUCGUUAUGGCUUGUAACUAUAUAUAACGUAUAUUCAAAUUUGCAAUAUUCUUUGUUGUCCAGUUCCUAUUCGACAAUAGGGGGACGAAAAUAAUCAGACUUUUUUUCUGCCGGGCUGGGAAAAUAUUUUGUCUGAUGGUAUUUUUAGGUUAGAAGCUGGUAACUGCAAUUUAUGAAUUCGAAUAUAUGCUCAGUUUUCAGAAAGAUGGCUUGCAACAUGCUUGCAAUACGCGUACUCAUUUUUCCAGAUUAUUCGGAAAAGGGGUUGUUGGAAAGUAUAUAUUGGCUAUUGCUAUGUGAUAAGUAUUUAAUAUUAUAUAUAGCAUAUAGCCAUAGCCAUAGCCAUGCACAGAAUAAUAUAACAUAUCAUAGCUAUACUAUAGCCUGAUGAUAGGAUAUAGGCCUGACAUUCAUGCAGGUCACAUUGAGUAUUGGAGUAUUGCCAACUAUUGCAGCUAUGCCGUUCUUAUAAACUCAUAUGAAAUUCACGAAUUUCGCCAAUUUGGUAUUAAUCGUUGCAUCAGUUUCUCAAAGGAUAAAUCCCACGCAUGUACAGUCAACAGAUUUAUCUUUUUAUAAGUUCUCCCGAAGAAAGUUGAGUGAUUUGCUUCGCUAUGCGAUUGGGCUUCGUUAAUUAUCUAUUUUAUAAUAUGCACUCUGAUUAGUUGCAUGGAAACAAGAUAUAAGCCAGAGUACUCGUGUUUCCGUUUCUGUUUUUGAGGGUGGUAACGGAGUGUUUUCAAUUCCGCAUCAGCCUUGCCCGCCCUUGGGAAGUAUAAAUAUCUGACUGCUGUUGCUAAGUAACAUAAACAAAAAAGAAUAUAUUUUUUAAAGCAUUUUUCGACACCUUUCAUACUCUCCCGGCUUAUUUGCUAUAUAAGGCAGAGAAGGUCAGUUAUUCGCUUUCUGGCUAAGAUGGGGGAAAGCAGUGUUCCUCACUGGCAUUGUUUUGUACAAGUUUGUUAACAAAUAAUGUUGACGAAUACUCUCAAUGGGCUUGCUUUACAAAGGCAGCAGACUCUAAAAGUAAAAUAUUAGCACAAUCUUUGGUUAAACGAGUUAUUCUAGUAAGAUUUCAUUCUAUCAAUAGAUUUCAUCUCUUGACAAAGAGUCGCUUUCCUUGAAACCUCUCUUUUCGUUUUUUUAGGCUGGCGAGAACAAAGACCCUGCACGCGCUUUAUUUUUUAUAGUUAAUAUAAUUAUUGCUUAUUGGAUUAAUAUUUAAUAUAAUAUAGGCGCAUACUUACCAGAUCGAUUGUAGCGUAUAAUCUCUGUCAAUAAAGAACUUUAUAUAAUUAUACAGUUCGCGUAACAUGUUAUAUCGCUUUAAUCUUCCCGCUUUGUGCCGUUGUCUAGUCUGUACAAGACUGCAUUUUUGCUCUAUUCUGUGACUGUUAUAUAUGCAUGGCUGUAUAAUUGCAAUUCAUACAUGGGACGUGUUGUCACACGACAGACAAUAUAGGAUGUCCCACGCAACUUACUUUUGCGCGGGGAACUUUCCCGUUGUAAAAUGGCAGUUGAGCGGAAAUGAAGGCAGAACAUUUGAGAAAAUUUCGAAAAUUUGGAGUCUCUAGAUUGUCUGAAAUGGCAUUUUCAGAGUUUUGUCUACCUCUUUUCGCAAGGCCCAACACGUAAGAGACAAAAUAAAUCAUUAGUUCAUAAAAAAGAUGCAGAUUUUGUUGAAUUUUCUUGAAAAUGCGCGGACAGAAAUUCAGCUAAAAUAUUUAUAUAUACGCGGGUUUUCCCAUUUUUGUGGCUGUCAGUCCCAGUAACGCAAAUCCCAUUUUCCCAUUCCUAACAUAGACAAAUCCUAGUUGGUUCCCAUUUUACCCCUUCAUGCAGGAGCCUUUCACUCUUAAUCUCUAAUCCAUAAUCUGUAUUAUGUUUCAGAAACAACAAUUCUAGAAGAUAGUGCGUUGGACACGCCUGAUACCCCGGGAUGUUGUGAAGAAACAGCACAUGAUCCACAGCAAGAAGACGACGAUGCUUCGACAAGCGAACAAGGUCCUUCAGACGGUCAAAAAGAGAAAAACAAGAAGGAAAAAUCUUCCAUGAAAUCAAAGGCACACAGACCUCAUCAUUUAAAAAUACCCAAGGCGCUGCAAAGGUCGUUUUCUGCUCAGUCUAAUGGAAAUCAGCAGGCAAAAGGUAUUUAAAAGCUGUUUCAAUUUCACAUUAACCAAUUGAGUGGUAGCUUUUUCCCCUUGACGAGUAAAAUUGCUGGUGUAAGACAGAGUAAAAUAACAAUGUAUAAGGCGCAUUAGGGAGCAAUGCCACUUAAAGAGUUAACUAGACACACCACCAUGACUUUUCCCCUGACGAGAAAAAUCGUGUCCAAAAAUGUUGAGUGAAAAUUUUUAUUUAAGUCAUGCAAACUUAAUCCAAUAUCAGCCACUUGAAAAAACGUGAUGUCUUUAUUGGGCGGUGAAACCGCAUAGUGCUUGUUAGUGGGCGGUGAAAGCCUACUGUGUAAUUUGAUAUCUGAUAUUUGACUUGGCUUUUCAGUUAAAUUUACAAUAUUAUUACACUAAAUCCUAAAUAGUCUAUAUAAUGACCACGACUUUUGACUUGUGACUUUUGUAAUAUAAUUUUUAAUAAACAAUGAAUGGGUACACAAAUUUACAAUAUCAUUAUUACACUAAAUCCUAAAUAAUUUAUAUAAUGACCACGACGAUGACUUUUGUACGGCUACACAUAGACCAUAGACAAUCCAGAAGGCAUCAUAUGUUUUCUGGAUUGUCUAUGCAUAGACAUUUGACCAAUAAGCUAGUUUUUACUGUAUGUGCAUGCGUGCGACUUUCGCAUUCAUGAUCAUCUUCUGUAGUGGUCAGCAACAACAAUUGUGACAACUGACAAGGCAAGGAAUUUUUAAAUGCUCAUAGGCAGGGGCCGCGGAACCGGGGGGGGGGGGCAAUGGGGGCAUGUACCCCCCACUUUUCUUAAAAGUGAAAAAAGUGCCCUUUUUUCUGGGCUAAAAUACCCCAUUUAAAAAACGAAAAAAGUAUUUCUUGAAUAAACGCCCUCUUUUUCUGGAAAGAAAAUGCCCUUUUCGCAGUAGUAAAGACUCUGUAAAGGCCAUUUCCGACGUUAGAGAGACUCCAUAUUUUCAAAAAUUUUCGUUCGGCUCGUGAACGUCAUAAAAUCGUUUGAUUCUGGUCAUAUACAAAAGUGCCCCUUUCGGUCAAUGCCCCUCCACUUUCGAAAUGCUUCCGCGGCCUCUGCUCAUAGGCAUUAAUUAUUGAUCCAAAAAUUUUAAAUGAAAAUUUUGAACAAAGUCAAACGUAACCCAACAUCAGGCACAAUGUUCAAACAAACCCAACAGUAUAUUUGGCUUUAGAUUUCUUCAUUAUGCAGCGUAGGACGUUUAUUAGGGAGGGGUAUGAGGUCUUAUGGCUUCUUUUAUCGGGCCUUUUGUUACAGAAAGAAAGAGACUUAUUGAGAGUGGGAGGCUAAAAAGGGAUUUUCAGUAAUUAUUUUUAAGAGCCACUUAAUGGGUCAAGUUAUGCUCCUUAACAGCUCAUUCAAAUGUGUUUCCUCUAAUCACAGCCAUCAGUGUUGCUGUAUUUUUGGUGGAAAAAGUUGGUCGUUUGUUGAACCUGGAGUAUGGCAAAGACACAACUGCUGGUUUGAUCUGUAAAAUGAUGGUCGAAAAUCUCGCCAUGUCCUCACAGGCCAAAGACGUGUUUUGUAUUUGGCUGGUCUCGCCUUUAUUACGUAAGUCAGGCUUUACAAUAUUGUUAAAUAUGGUAAACCCAACUCGAUGUUUCGAAUAGUUUGAUAAACUGAGUAAAAACAUAGACAGAUUUUCAGAUUUGCUCUUGGGGUGCUAAGAAUUCGGGGGAGGGGGUGAGCGCGCCGCCAAACAGGCUGCAGUAGGAGUCUGGGGGCACAUUCCCAGUGGGGAUAGGAUUAGGGUAAGGCCAGGAAACAUUUUCAGAUUUUUGGUCUUGUUUAGUUUAAAAUCCUUAUUCCAAUUAUACUACUGUCAGUUUAAGCCAUUGAGCAUUCAAAAAUCUGGGGGGGGCGAUGAAAAUUUUUGUAAUGGGGUUGGAAAACAUUCUGAGGGGGUGCAUCACACUGCACACACGCACACCACAGAAAAUCAGUCUAUAUGAGUAAUAUCCAUAUUCCUAGUGUUGCAUUUUAUUCCAAAUAACUUGUAAACACAACAACCAUGCACAUCUUUUAGAAUUGCAAUUAAAGGAUCAUCACCAACCACUACGAAUGCGCAUGAAAUGGCCAGAUCUUUUAAGGAGGUUCACGGCUGCUUCGACAGAAAUGAUAGAAAAAGGUGAGGCAUAUCACGUGCAUGUUUUCACUGGAAUUGUUUUCAAAAUCCUUACUAUGGAAAUAGUAUGGAACUCAGUUGAAAAUAGUAGGGAAAUCAAAUUUUCAUACUUAUUGCAAUUUCCAUACUGUGGAUAUAGUAUGGAAAAAGUAUGGAUAUACUAUGAAUCUUGUGAUGCAAUCGCAAAUUUCAUAAUAUGAAUUUCACUAUCAGUUUUUUCCAGUGUAAAUUAUUGACCAAGAAAGAUUGGAUAUUUGGGAUUAUACAUUAUAGCAAGCCAAUAUAUACUACAUAUUUAAUUCCCUAUUACGCCCAGAAUGUUGAAUUAAGUAUUCGUAAUAUUUAUCUUACUGCUGAAGGAACUCAAUAAUCUGGGUCAACACACUUAACAAUUGUCAAAUUUCAUCGUACAUUAUCCAAACACGAGGAAUGCCGAAAUAGUAUGGAUCUUACUUGAAAAUAGCACGGAAAUCCAAUGUUCAUACUAAUUGCAAUUUCCAUACUCUGGAUAUAGUAUGGAAAAAGUAUGGAUAUACUAUGGAUUUGAUGAUGUAAUCACAAAUUCUAUAGCAUGAAUCUCACUAUGUUUGUUCCGUGCAGUGGUCCGUUGUGGCUUUUGAACAUUUCUUCUCUGGUACUAUUUUAAGUAAAAUUGUAUUUUUUUUAUGUUGUAGAUGACCCAAUUUUAAGUUUUCAACGUAACAGUUUUUUCCCGUUACAGGAUGAGAGAAAGGUAUAAUUAAAAAUUCACAAACUUUUUUCUGUCAUGAACCAAAGUUCCAUGCAUGUUCGAUUGUCGAACAGCGUAUUCCCCACUUGUAGAAGUAGGGUAG